GCCACAGCAAGACCAAGGGCCUGGGCCUGGAUCAAGGAUAAAUAACUCUCUCUUCCAUCUCUUUCUGACUUCGAACCGUCUUACUCAACCAGUCACUCACUUACUCCUUGUGUGUUCCUAGUCAUUCUUUACUUUUCUUUGUUGCAACAUGGUUCGACCAGUCUUCUUUGCUGGCGUCUUUGCCGCUGGCGUUUUCGCACAAUCAACCGCUGAUCCUGCUCUGACAAAAGACGGGGCGUUCCAACAUCUUGGAUGUGUUGCUGUUAGGCCCGGCACCUUUCCUCGUCAGUUCGAUCUGGGUCAAGCUGGGUGUACUUCGUCAUGUUCAUCAAAUGGCAACAUCAUCGGCUUCCGUGGAAACAGCUGUGUCUGCGACCGUCUUGACCUCUCACCAGGGCCCAUCGCCUACCGCGUUGCAAAGGUUGAUAAUGCUCUCUGCAAUCAAUGGUGUGACCCGGCCGACAGAUCCAAGGGAACCUGUGGAGGAGCCACGAUUCAGGGAUGGCCCAUCUACGACCUGUACAAGAGAAACAAUGCUCAGAUCGUAUAUGAGGCCUUCCCAGGUGCUACUCCCACUCCCGCACCUACUCAGCCCAUCCAAACUGGCAUGCCCAUUCCCAACCCUAGCCCAAACCCUAGGCCAGGUGACGUCUGGCACGAAUGCCCACCCAAUGUUGUCAACUGCCCUUAUCGCAACAAGUGCCCCAAUGGCAGAUGUCAACUCAAGCCUAUCGUUCAGCCGUGCCGUGGAUGUUCUUACAACGGCACUGGUAACUGGACUGCUCCGACUUGUCCUCCUGGAGGCUGCAAUCAAGGUCCCAAGCCUGUUCCCGUUCCAGUCCCCGGUGGAAAUGGAGGAAGUGGAAGCAGUGGAGGUAGCGGCGGCAACGGUGGUAAUGGAGGAAACGGAGGUACCGGAGGCACUGCUGGAAAUGGAGGCAAUGGUGGUAACGGCGGCAAUGGCGGCAGCGGGGGCUCUGGAGGCAGUGGAGGCUCGGGAGGCAGUGGCGGAAACGGAGGUAACGGCGGGAAUGGUGGUAACGACGGUGGAUCUAGCGGAUCCAGUGGCGGCGACGGACAUCACGGAGAUCAACCUCCUGUCAUCGUCAACUCGGCCGUCACGGCUCGGGGUGAAAGCUUCAUCCUGGCUCUCGUUGCGAUUUCCUUUGCCUUCACUCUUUCAUAGGCUUGGGGAUGGAGGAUGUUAUCAUUAUAGGGGAGUUAGAGGUGGCUUUCUGUUCUUGUAAUACACUUCGCAUAGAAAAGGGGUAAUAGGGGUUAGAUACAGCUUUGGCUUAAUAUAAUAUCACAUCAGCAAGACACCGGGAGCAAUACUUCAAAUGGGGGA